CGGCGGCGGAGGAGAAGGAAGGCGAGGAGGAAGCGGGCGCUUCCGCGAGUUGCGACUCAGCGUCCAGGUCUCCUCAGUGCGGCUGACGUUCCUAGCACAAACACCUCGUUUCCUUUUUAACACUUCCAGAGAAACAGAAUAACUUUCAAGCUGGCGGGAGCAAUGGUGCACAUAAAGAAAGGCGAGCUGGCCCCGGAGGAGAAGGAGCUGCUGGAAGUCAUCGGGAAAGACAGGUUUACCAGUCCCACCAGAAUGAAGCAGGCUGUGUUGUUUUCUUCUUUGAACAACUGGAGAAAUUCUCAGAAGGGAAACAAAUCAUUCAUAUUACGUUCACUGCUUUAGAUCUGGUAAUUGUCUCCAUUGAAGGUACUGUCCAAGAAGCUGGAACUCUACUAUCCAGUAAGAAUGUUCGUGUCAACUGUUUGGAUGAGAAUGGAAUGACUCCUCUAAUGCAUGCGGCAUAUAAAGGGAAACUUGACAUGUGUAAAUUGCUUUUACGACACGGAGCCGAUGUGAAUUGUCACCAACAUGAACAUGGAUAUACAGCCCUAAUGUUUGCUGCACUUUCCGGUAAUAAAGACAUCACCUGGGCAAUGUUGGAAGCUGGGGCAGAGACAGAUGUUGUCAACUCUGUAGGAAGAACAGCGGCUCAGAUGGCAGCCUUCGUGGGUCAACAUGAUUGUGUGACAAUAAUCAACAAUUUCUUCCCUCGAGAGAGACUGGAUUAUUACACGAAGCCUCAGGGACUGGAUAAAGACCCCAAGCUGCCCUUGAAGUUGGCUGGCCCACUGCACAAAAUCAUCACCACCACAAAUCUUCAUCCUGUCAAGAUUGUGCUGCUUGUAAAUGAGAAUCCUCUGCUGGCAGAAGAAGCUGCCCUGAAUAAAUGCUACAAGGUGAUGGAUCUGAUUUGUGAGAAAUGUAUGAAACAAAGAGACAUGAAUGAAGUCUUGGCUCUGAAAAUGCAUUAUAUUAGCUGUAUCUUUCAGAAAUGCAUCAACUUCUUAAAAGACGGAGAGAAUAAACUGGAUGCCCUGAUCAAAAGCUUGUUAAAAGGCCGAGCUUCUGAUGGCUUUCCAGUAUAUCAAGAAAAGAUCAUUAGAGAAAGUAUCAGAAAAUUUCCUUACUGUGAAGCCACGCUCCUCCAGCAGCUGGUACGAAGCAUUGCUCCUGUUGAAAUUGGUUCAGAUCCCACUGCAUUCUCUGUACUGACCCAGGCCAUCACUGGGCAGGUGGGGUUUGUGGAUGUUGAAUUUUGUACCACCUGUGGAGAAAAGGGAGCAAGUAAAAGAUGUUCAGUAUGCAAAAUGGUAAUAUAUUGUGAUCAAACUUGCCAAAAAACACACUGGUUUGCACAUAAGAAAAUCUGUAAGAAUCUGAAGGAUGUUUAUGAGAAGCAACAGUUGGAGGCUGCCAAAGAAAAGACUCAAGAGGAGAAUGAUGUCAAAUCAGAUGUGAACUCUAAUUGUGCUAAUGAAGAGCAACCAGAGGCUGAAAUGCGUGUCUCCCAAGAGGAUUCCAGUCCUAAAGAUGCUGUAGAAGGGGAGAAAGAGUCUCCUGGAAGUGAAGCUACGUUGGAAAGUGGACAGGAUGCUCCUGCAGGCCCACAGGUGUCUGAGGAGUAGAAGCUCAGCAAAUGCCAGCAUGCAUGGUCCUCACCCUGGCAGGCACCUGGAGAACGCAUGUGACUGUGUCCUCAUUGCCUCGAGACACCUGCAUGGCACCACGGUGGGGUUGCGCAUUUCAUAGAAUAGAGGCUUUCAAGCAAAGCUCUGUCUACUGUGCCCUGAUUUCCUACUGAUUUCUGUUCUAUAAUUGGACAAGUAUUUCUAAAGGAAAAUGUUUUCUUUCAAAAUACAGGAAAAACAUUUCUAUUCCCUUUCCUAGGCUGAUGCCCCAGCAAUUGUUCUCAAAGGAAAACAAAUCUCCUGAAAGAAAGAAAUGCAGACUCCAGGGAACAAAAGGACAAGAAGAAGAGAUAGGAAAAAGAAGAGAUUUUUCAGGAAAGAAAAAUUUUUAUGGCCACAGAAAUGAGUCCUUAAAAAGUCAUAACUUACAUGUGAAUAAAAUGUAUAUAAUAGCAUUUAUAAUAGUGAAGUUCUACUUAUUAAGAUGUAAUGAAUUGAAGAUAGGGUGUGUAUUAAAAAAGAUCUUUGCCAUAGCUUCAGCUAAGUGUAGUUUUAUAUAGAAAUUGUCCUGAGAAGUCUGAACUUUAUGUAGUUCCUGCAGCGAAGUUCCUUGGAGUAUUUGUACUUUGAGAAAUGUCAGCUCCCAUGGAAGGAACUAAGGUAUAUCAUAGCUAGGUCUGUCCCCGCAUGUGCACUCUUGAACAUUUUUAUUAAAUACCGGCUAUACGUACUAUAUAUACAAUUCUUAUGAAACUGCGCCAUACUCUACCUGAAAGGGUUUUAUCAUCCUGCAAGCUUUUUAUGGGACUCUUCCUAUCCAGAAACUGUAAUUUAUAACUGUCAUUUUGAGAAUGUCCUGCCUUGUUUUUAGCAUAUGUGGUAUUUAAACAGAGCUUGAGUGUGAUGUCUGAAGAUUAUGCUGUGUUUCAGUGUUUCUUGUAUUGAUUUUUUUCUUAUAUUGAUUUUUAAAUAACUCACCUAAUAUAAACAACUCAUCUUGUUUCGUAAUUUGUUGUUAGGAGGUGACACAUAUAAGAGAAUGUAACAAAUAAAGGGAAACCGCAAAUAA